AUGAGCUCAGGAGAUGCUGCUGUCUCCAAGAGCGAGCAGGAAGGAUCACACAGGCUGAGGAGGGACAGAGCUGAAGGAGAAGGAAUAGGGCAGAAGGCGAAGCUCAGCAAGCCCCUAAUGAAGCCCCCAGCAAACCCUCUUGCUCCACACCACCAAAAUGCUGAGGAGGAGCAGCUCAUCACGAGCAUCCAGAGCAAGGUCAAUGUGACCAAGCACAGUGCUGAAGACUUCGCCAGGCUGCUUGUCUUUUACCCCUGGACUCAGAGAUUCUUCGCUUCCUUCAGCAAGCUCUCCAACCCCACUGCCAUCCUUGGCAGCUCCAAGAUCCAAACCCAUGAUAAGAAGGUGCUCGCUUUCUUCAGGGAAGCUGUGAAGAACCUGGACAACAUCAAGAAAUUUGUUGUUUAGCUGAGCAAAUUCCACUGUGAGAAGAUGCACGUGGACCUUGAGAAUGUCAGCGUCCUCGGUGACAUCCUCAUCAUCAUGCGGGCUGCCUGUUCUAGCAAAGAGGUAACCUCCCCCUGCGAGUCCACUGGGUAG